AUGCAAAGAAAAAGAACACUUCUCUUGCUCUCAUUUUUCUUUCUUUUUGCUAUUCCUUGCUUUUCUUUUCCUUUAUCAACAAAUGGGAAAUGGAUAGUUGAUGCAAAAUCAGGGGAGCGUGUGAAGCUAGCUUGUGCCAAUUGGCCUUCCCACUUAGAGUGCAUGUUAGCCGAGGGUCUUCAAGAGCGGCCCUUAAAGCGCAUUGUGUCUCAGCUUGUUAAACUGAGGUUCAAUUGCGUUCGUUUCACAUGGGCAACCUUCAUGUUCACUCGAUAUUCUAAUCGCACUGUGGCUGAAUCUUUUGAUUCUUUAAACUUAACAGAAGCCAAAGCAGGAAUAGCUGAGCGUAAUCCUUCUCUAUUGAGCAAGACACUCGUUGAAGCUUUUGAAACUGUGAUUGAUGAGCUUGGGGCUCAAGGUGUAAUGGCGAUUCUUGAUUGUCAGGUUAGCAAACCAACGUGGUGCUGUGGAGAAACUGAUGGAAAUGCCUUCUUUGGUGACACUUACUUUGAUGUUAACGAAUGGCUUCAAGGUUUAACAACUGUAGCAGAGCUCUUUAAGGGCAAACCGCAGGUCGUAGCAAUAAGCACAAGAAAUGAACUACGAGGUCCAUUGUCAAAUGUGGAUGACUGGUAUAAGCACAUUCUUGAAGGAGCAUCAGCGAUUCACAAGGCAAAUCCAGAUGUAUUAAUAUUUGCUUCAGGGCUGAGUUAUGCUAAUGAUCUUACGUUCUUGAGAGAAAAGCCUCUGGGGUCUAACUUUGAUAACAAGUUGGUCUACGAGGCACAUUGGUAUCCAUGGAGCUGGGACGAUAAAAAAACCUGGAAUGUGGAAUCAUUGAAUGAAGCUUGUUAUAAAAAAACCCAACACUUCAUUAACCAAACUGGUUUUACUAAUACUCUAGACAACCCAGUGCCUCUCUUUUUGGGUGAAUUUGGGUUAGAUCAGAGAGGUCUUAGUCGAGCUGAUGACCAUUUUUUCAGCUGCUUUUUGGCCUAUGCUUCUGAUAUUGACUUGGAUUGGGGGAUAUGGGGAUUGCAAGGAAGCUAUUAUUUCCGGCAAAAUAAAACUGACUCGGAGGAAACUUUUGGGGUUAUGGAUUAUCGAUGGAACCAUGUCAGAAAUCCACGGUUCCAGAAAAGAUUACAGCUUAUAAAGACUAAGCUUCAAGACCCAACUUCAAAAUCUACUCCAUCAUAUAUAAUGUUUCAUCCACAAAGUGGCAGCUGUGUCGAUCCAGAGGAUAGAAAAGAAAUAUAUGCAGGAACCUGCAAGAAACCGAAACGAUGGCUAUAUUCUGGAGAUGGGAAUCCAAUCAUGUUGAAGGGUACACAACUAUGUCUUGAAGCUGUUGGUGAUGGAGAAUCACCAAUUCUUUCUAAGAACUGUUCAAGCACCCAAAGUUCAUGGAAAUUGCUUUCAGAAACUAAGCUUCACGUGGCAACCUCAGAUAAGUCAGGAGAUUAUCUCUGCUUGCAGAAGGAAUCUCCUUACACCUCAAAGAUUGUGACUACGAAAUGUCGUUUGACUCUUGAAAAUCCAGAUCAGUGCCAGACAGAUUCAGAGAAAGACCCAUCUUCUCAAUGGUUUAAGUUUGUUUCUUCAAAUGUAAUGUAGUUGAGGCUUAGGAUCCAGAUCAGAGAAUUAGAAAGUAG